AUGGCAACUCUAGCACACUGCGCAUACUGCUUUGAAAUCCUGUCCGCGAGCAUAGAGAAGCGGCAGCCUCUUCAUCUCAAGCAAGUCGAAGAGCUCUGGGACAAGUAUAACGCGCCCUCAGACGAAGACGAAGCAGAACACCACGAUGACGACGACGACGAUGAUGACGAGGAUGAGGAUAUGGAAGAAGGCCCAGCCCCCGAACAGCGCACCACCUCCUCCCUCCGCCCUGCAGCAAUAAGCCGUCUCCUCGCGCCGAGUCCACGAUCGUCCUCAUCGUCCUCCGUUCCCUCGACUGCUUCGAGCGUCAGCGUCAACGGUACCAGUUCCUCCGCCGCGACUUCCAAAUCCUCCUCGCGUUCCUCCUUCUUCUCAACCCUGGGCCGCCGCUCCAAGCCGACCGAAUCUCCCUCCUCAUACGCCGAUUACCCGCUCUUCGUAACCUGGAACACCGUCUCGCGUAGCGGCCACAAGCUCCUCCGCGGCUGCAUCGGCACGUUCGAGGGGCAGAAGCUGGAUGACGGGCUCAGGAGCUACGCGCUUACCUCGUCCGUAUCCCCCCGCGUCCCCUUUUCCCGCCCCUUCUCUGCAUACACACUGACACUCGCCAACAGCGCCUUCGAUGACUCCCGCUUCGCCCCCAUCGCGCGCCACGAGCUCCCCACCCUCGAAUGCGGCGUGACACUGCUCCACACCUUCACGCCCAUCGCCUCGCCGCUCGCCUGGGACAUUGGGAUCCACGGGCUGCGGAUAUCUUUCGUGUACCACUCGAGGCGGUACGGCGCCACCUACCUCCCCGACGUGCCGAAAGAGCAGGGCUGGACGAAGGAAGAGACGAUUGUGAGUUUGAUGCGCAAGGCGGGGUGGACGGGGCGCAGGGAGGAUUGGCGCAAGGUCGGGGACUUGCAGGUCGUGACGUAUAUGGGCAAGAAGGUUACGAUAGGGUAUGCGGAGUGGAGGGCGUGGAGGCAAUGGACGCAGGGCGGGGAGGCGCCGGGUGCGUUGAACUGA